UAAACUGGUAUGAAAAAUCGAGAAGACCGAACUCCCCGUUAUUUUUUGGACGCUUUCGAAACAAGCAAUUUUGCCGGCGUCUAGUUUUCUUUCUAAGAAAGAUUUAUUUAUUUUUCUGAAUUAUUUUCAUCGCUUACCUACUCUAUUGAGUAUAUUUCCUUAGAUAAGAUUAAGUAUUAAGAGUAUUCUUGCUUUUUGUGGCUCGGUUUGUUGGAGCGUCUGCUGGGUGUAGGUGUUGUCUAAUCCUGGAAUCCAAAAGGCUGAAUUGAAACUCAAUGUCGGGUCAUAAUCGUUAUUUGGUACCAGACGAUGAGGAGCGGGCUAGAGAAGCUGUCAACUCUAUUCUGGCUCUUGGAGAUGAUCCCCCACAUUCUAAACCACAGAACUUCUAUGAAGACCGUUCUGAUGAACAAACGUGGACAUCAGAGAAUCCUAACGAAGUUGAGCCAAGUUAUAGUCAAGCUGAGAGAGAUAAAGACCGACGUGCACAAUCAUCUUUUAAAAGCCAUGACCGCUCUAGAUCCAGGUCCAGGUCCAGGUCCCGGCCCAGGUCAAGGAGUCCGCUUGGAACUAACCCUGAAGAAGAUGGUACCACCCGAACUGAAAGAGAUGAAGACAAACCUAUUCAAGAAUUUAAUAAAACCCGUGACCGCUCUAGGUCCAGGAGUCCACAUGGAACGAAGCAAGGAGAUGAUGGUAACGCCCCAACUACUUCGCAGUCAGCCUCUCCAGAGCAGAAAACCUUGUGCAAUGUGGUUGCUGCCCACUAUAAUAAUGUGCCAGAAACAGGGUUGGAUGAACGCAGUAAGAGCCGCAUCUUGUAUCUUCGCAACUUCAACAACUGGAUCAAGAGCAUGUUAAUAGAUGAAUAUAUUACAAAAGUGAGAGAAUCCAAGCCUAGAGGAUCAACUCUUAGAGUGCUUGACAUGGGUUGUGGGAAAGGAGGUGAUUUGUUUAAAUGGCGGCAGGGCAAGAUCACUCAUCUUGUUGCUGCAGAUAUUGCUGCAACCUCUGUUGAACAAUGUAAAGAGCGUUACAAUGACAUGAGGCAACGUGCUCAAAGAGAGAGAAACUUCAACCCUAUAUUUUCUGCUCAAUUUAUUGUAGCCAACUGCACCAAGGAUAGGUUACGGCAUAAGUACGAGGAUGUGACAAUGCAAUUUGAUUUGGUCAGCUGCCAGUUUGCCUUCCAUUAUUGUUUUGAAAGUUUACCUCAAGCAGAAUGCAUGAUGCGCAAUGCUUCAGAGUGUCUCAGGCCAGGAGGCUUCUUUUUUGGUUCAUGCCCUAAUGCCAACGCUAUAAUAUCUAGAGUCCGGAAAGCGGGAGGAAAACGAUUUGGCAAUGAUGUUUUCUCAGUGGAAUUUGAAACUCCUGUCGAUGAGGAAGAGCCACCACCCCUCUUUGGGGCUCAAUACAACUUUCACAUGGAAGGAGUUGUUGAUUGCCCAGAAUUUCUGGUUCAUUUUCCUACAUUCAUUAGACUUGCAUCCAGAUUUGGAUUGAAAUUUAUUGGUUGUGAACCAUUUCAAGCAUUUUACGAGCGCAUGAAAGAGAACGGCCGUGGUCUUUUGGGAAGAAUGCAGGCACUUGAGACCUACCCUCCAUUUCCUGAUCAACCUUUGAUGGGUCCACUUUCUCAGUAUGAACAUGCUGAUACUUUCUUAAAUACCAACAAACAGGUCAACCGGCUAGGCACUCUCAGUAAGGCUGAAUGGGAAGCUGCAACACUUUAUUGUAUUUUCGUGUUUGAAAAAGAGAGUUCAUGAUAAAGGAAAAACGGCAACUGAUAAUAUUUGAUGCUGGUACCGUCUGUCAGUAAUGGGGUCUACGAUGAACUAUGACUAUGAAACAUAGAUGACUGUUCCUUAUUUUUUAAAUGUAAUAUUAGGUAGGAAACAAAUGAAUUCAAGGUCUCCUGCAUUGUUUUUGUUUUUUAUUAUAAACAAUAAAUCUUUGAUCACAACUUACACAAAAAAGAA